AGUCUCGACGCCCCACGCUCCCGCCCCCGCCAGGAGUCAGACGUGGAAGUUGCUGGCUGACCAGACUUCAAAGGAAACCGCCUAGGAUCCUGAAUCCGAGGCCGAGGGAGCAGCUGUGGCGGCGCUGAGGCUCGGAUAGGUGUCGCUCCCGAGGCUGGGGCCCGUUUCUGAGGAUCGGCGAGGACAGGCAGGCGGUUCAUCAUGGGUGGCUUUUUCUCAAGUAUUUUUUCCAGUCUGUUUGGAACCCGGGAAAUGAGGAUUUUAAUUUUGGGAUUAGAUGGAGCAGGGAAAACCACAAUUUUGUACAGAUUACAGGUUGGAGAAGUCGUUACUACUAUUCCUACCAUUGGAUUUAACGUUGAGACAGUAACAUACAAAAACCUCAAAUUCCAAGUCUGGGAUUUAGGAGGGCAGACAAGCAUCAGGCCAUACUGGCGAUGUUAUUAUUCAAACACAGAUGCAGUCAUUUAUGUAGUAGACAGUUGUGACCGAGACCGAAUUGGCAUUUCCAAAUCAGAGUUAGUUGCCAUGUUGGAGGAAGAAGAGCUGAGAAAAGCCAUUUUAGUGGUGUUUGCAAAUAAGCAGGACAUGGAACAGGCCAUGACUCCCUCAGAAAUGGCAAAUUCACUUGGAUUACCUGCCUUGAAGGACCGAAAAUGGCAAAUAUUCAAAACUUCAGCAACCAAAGGCACUGGACUUGAUGAGGCAAUGGAAUGGUUAGUUGAAACAUUAAAGAGCAGACAGUAAGUGGACCGCUUCUGCUCCUCUGAAAUGAAAGCUACGUCACAAGUCCCUUUGGAAACAGUCAAGUGUGCGUCACACUACUAAAUGUUAAAACCACGUAAUUGUUGGCAUAUACUGGACUGACUGCAGCCUUUGCAGUAAAGAUGAAAAAUGAGUAUUGGUUCAAGGGGUAACUCAUCUUGAUUAAACCAACUGAAUGUCUCCUCUGUAUAAUAGAAAAUACUUCCUUUCUUAAGACACCUGUUUGUAUGGAAUUCUGAUUUAAAUAUAGUCCUAUUGAAGAAUGCAUUCUCGUUGGGGGAAAAACUCUUAUUUUUGAAUUAGUGGUUGAAGCUUGUUUGUGUAAACACUAAUAAAUAACAGAUUUUUUUUUUUCCCUAAAAUGAAUUUACUCUUCCCAAAGAUUAGACUCAAUACAGUACUCUAGAAACAUG